CAGAGUGUGAGUCUCAUUCAGAAAACUAACACACUAGGAAUGCAAUCACUUCCAAAUGACGAGUUCCAAACAGUAACUAAUACUCGUCUAGGUCACCAGCAAGCUACUUAUUUCUUCAGAUAUCAUCAAAGAGUCAUCAAAGAGUGGUUGGCAUAUCAACAGUGAGUGAGGAUUCCCACGCAAUACAAGCACAAUGCAAAUUAACCGGUUAACUGACUCAUUUCAUUUGGAGAGCGGAUAAUACAAACAAACAAAUAUCCUUGAUUAUUUAACGGUUCUAUUAAUUUUUAGGUAAACAACUACAGUAUAGUGCAUGAAUCUUGUGUGGUGUAUCACAUGAAUACAUCGGUAUGUUCGUUCUUUCUCUCUUCAAACAUCGGUAUGUGUUGAGGGUUUAUAAAUCCAAGGUCAUUUGCUCUACUUUCUCUGGAUGGCGACAUCAAUCAUCAAAUUACAUACCCUUUCCGGUGCCAAUGAUAACGGAGCACCCUGUUAUUUACUUCAAAUAGAUGAAUUCCACUGUCUUCUUGAUUGCGGUUGGUGUGAGAAACUGGAUAGUGAUUAUGUGAAAGAGGUUUCGAAGUGGGCCAAACACAUUGAUGCCGUGCUUCUUAGUCAUCAGAGCCUAAGACAUCUUGGGCUACUCCCUUAUCUUGUGGGGACAUGUGGACUUAACUGCCCAAUUUACGCUACAACUCCUGUUUAUAAAAUGGGACAGAUGUUUUUGUAUGAUUUUUACCAGUCAAGACAUGCAUCAGAAGACUUUCAUCAUUUCACCCUUGAUGAUGUGGACCUGGCAUUUGAUUAUGUUCAUCAGGUUAAGUAUCAACAAAUGACCAGUCUUCAUGGACGUGGUCACGGAUUAUGUAUAAUUCCACUUCCGUCAGGACAUACUAUUGGCGGGACUAUCUGGAAAAUAGUCAAAGAGGAUACAAGUAUUGUCUAUGCCCUAGAUUUCAACCACAAAAAAGAAAGACAUUUGAAUGGAGCCACAUUCGAUGCUUGCAUACGUCCUCAUCUAUUGAUUAUGGAUGGUUCCAACACUUUAUAUACUCAGCCUAGGAGGAAAGACCGCGAUGAAAAUUUACGUCAAACAAUAUUGAAAACCUUAAGACGUGGUGGGAAUGUGUUGAUUGCAGUUGAUACAGCCGGUCGGUGCCUGGAGGUCGCCCAUUUUCUGGAGCAGUGUUGGCUCAAUCAAGAAUCUGGUCUAAUGGCUUAUGGAUUAGCAAUGAUAAAUAACGUGGCUGUAAAUGUCGUAGACUUCGCUAAGUCUAUGGUUGAGUGGAUGUCUGAGAAAGUAAUGCGGUCUUUUGAAGACCAGAGGAGCAAUCCAUUUCAUUUCAGGCACAUGCAGCUUUGCCAUACACUGGAGCAACUAGAUGCAGUUUCGGAGCCCAAAGUUGUUCUUUCGUCACUUUCUGAUCUUAGCUGUGGAUUUUCACGUCAGUUAUUUGCUGAGUGGGCUGACAAUGAUUUAAAUGCAGUUAUUCUUACCUGUCGAGAUUCUAUCACUACUGGAGGUGAUGUGUCUCCUGCGCGCAGCUUGAUAUCACGUCUUAUUGGAUUAGCAAGGAAGGACGCAGAGGCAAGAAAAGACUUGCCAACAAGUUCUACUGGCACUUUAAUUCUUCCUUUAACACUGUCACAAAGAGUAUCAUGUUCCCAAAUAGAACGAUCGGGUUCUGACAUUCCACACUUGAGGAAUUCCACAAAAAUUUUAUCAGCUGCACAAAAUAUCAGUCCAACAGCUAGCGACUUUCCUUCAGAAACAGAACCUACAGAUGUAAACACUGGUUUAGCAGAGAUCGUGGUGCCAUCGUUGAAUGAUGUUCCAUCUGAUGAAGUUUCAUCACAGAAUCCAGAAGAAGCCCCUGAAAGACGCACUUCAUGUGGAUCUGAAAUGGAAAUUGAAUCAACGCAUAAUGAAAGUCGUCCUAGUGAUUCGAUUGAUUCUAGCGGAGAUAACUUCAAGCCUCAUCCUCUCACAUUAUCUGUCCCGAGAGAUCGUUCCCAGAAGACACCUGUACCAGACAGUAUGGCUAAGCUAAUUCCUCAGACUAACUUACAGUCAAUCCCCAUGAAUCUAGAUCACUUCGGGGGAACAACUGUUCAUCUGACUACCGGACGACAUCAGGCUGGCUAUGAUAUAUAUCCAGGACUUCAUAAUCAGGCUGGGGGACAGUUUUUCCGUGUUGCUAAACGAACUCAACUCAUGUUUCCUCAAAACGAAAAGAAAGUUCAUUGGGAUGAAUAUGGGGCUCAUCUCGAUCCGGAAUUGUUUGCUUCGGUUGAACCUAUUCCUAACCAGGUACCACUACAGCUUUGCGACGUUAAAAAUAAAGAUAUAAAAGCAAGUCCAGAUUUUAUUGCAUCGACUUUCAAUUCUACAUCAAUAUUAGAUUAUUUAGUUGCUAAAACACCAAAUCUCGAUGUAUUGGAUACGGAUACACGUUGUGUAAUACACAGUUUAGAAAUACCUUUACGUUGUGAAAUUAUAUUUUUGGAUUAUGAGGGUCGAUCAGAUGGUGAAGCUAUGAAGCGUAUACUAAUCGGUUUAAGACCCCAAGAAGUGAUUUUAGUUGGCAAUAAUUCACCAGCUAUUGAUCAUCUUGCUAAUUAUUGCCGUGGUGUUAUGCUGUUAGAUUCAAAAUUAAUACAUAUUCCUCAUUCACUAGAAGUUGUCAAUUGUACAAAAGAAGGUGAUAUUUAUCAGGCACGAAUGAAGGAUAGUUUAGUAUCAAGUUUGAAAUUUACAAAAAUACGUGAUUAUGAACUGGCUUGGGUUGAAGCAGUUGUAUCACUUGAUGAUAAAUCUAAUUAUCAUAUUAAAGAAGAGACAGAAAAUGAAGAUGAAGAAAUGUCCAGUGAUAAUAAUAAUAAUAAUAAUAAUCAGGAUCAUAAAGCGGGAUCAGAAUCUAAAAGUCGUACACCAUUAGCUGCUGAUGAAUUACCAGUUCUUAGUCUUCCAACAGGUCCUGUUGGACGACAUGAUACUGUCUUUGUAAAUGAACCAAAAUUAUCAGAUUUGAAACAGCUUUUAUUGUCACAAGGUUUAAUGGCAGAAUUUGUCAGUGGUAUAUUAGUCGUUGAUAAUUGUGUAUCGAUUAAACGUUCAGAAGCAGGUAAAUUAUUACUAGAAGGCUUAUUAUGCGGAACUUAUUUUGAAGUACGUCGUAUCCUGUAUCAACAAUUCGCUAUCUUGUGAUGAAAUGAAGACAAGAAAAAGAUAAAUAACAGCAUUGUUUUUGUUCUGUACACAUAUUAUUAUUGUACGUGUAUAUAUAUUUUUUGUGAAAUAAAUAUUGUUUUGCUAUUGUUUGCCUGUCUUCUGUUACCUUCUUAGUGUAAUUGGUUUCACUGAACUGAUAUGUUGAUGUAUUUUUAUUUGGUAUAAUAUGUAUACUAUUUUUUGAGUAGUGGUUUAUUGGUUUGGACUGUUCAUUUCCUAUCAGUGGGUCAUGGGUUCGACUUCGGCUUGGCCUACCGAUGUAUUUCAGCAGUCAAGUAGUAUCAAACUAACCCUUACACCAUAGGUGUAUGGCUUAUUGAAAACUGCAUAGAAUUAUUUGACCAUCGAUGUCGAAGCCA